GGCCGCCGCCGCCUUCUCGGGCUCCGCCGCGGGGAUCGCAGUGGCUGCCUCGCCGUCCUCGAGUUCCCAGCGUGAGGAGGAGGCGGCGGGCGGAGAGCGGCAUCGUGUUCGAGGCAGAGACUGAGAGGGAGCCCCGCGCGCGGCCUCGCUCAUUGCUAUGGACAGUGCUAUUACCCUGUGGCAGUUCCUCCUUCAGCUACUACAGAAGCCUCAGAACAAGCACAUGAUCUGCUGGACCUCUAAUGAUGGGGAGUUCAAGCUUCUGCAGGCAGAAGAAGUGGCUCGUCUCUGGGGGAUUCGCAAGAACAAGCCUAACAUGAAUUAUGACAAACUCAGCCGAGCCCUCAGAUACUAUUAUGUAAAGAAUAUCAUCAAAAAAGUGAAUGGUCAGAAGUUUGUGUACAAGUUUGUCUCUUAUCCAGAGAUUUUGAACAUGGAUCCAAUGACAGUGGGCAGGAUUGAGGCAGACUGUGAAACUUUAAACUUCAGUGAAAUUAGCAGCAUUUCCAAAGAUUUGGAGAACGGAGGGAAGGAGAAACCACCUCAGCCUGGUGCCAAGACCUCUAGCCGCAAUGACUACAUACACUCUGGCUUAUAUUCUUCAUUUACUCUCAAUUCUUUGAACUCAUCCAAUAAGAAGCUUUUCAAAUCGAUAAAGAUUGAGAAUCCAGCUGAGAAACUGGCAGAGAAAAAAUCUCAGGAGCCAACACCAUCUGUCAUCAAGUUUGUAACAACACCUUCCAAAAAGGCACCAGUUGAACCUGUUGCUGCCGCCAUUCCAACUGGCCCAAGCAUUUCUCCACCUUCGGAUGAAACUAUCCAAGCGCUGGAGACAUUGGUUUCCUCAAAACUGCCUUCUCUGGAAGCCCCAGCCUCUGCAUCCAACAUAACUACCGCUUUCACCACCACACCUCCAGUCUCAUCCAUGUCCCCCUCUCUGCAGGAGCCUCCUAGAACACCUUCUCCGCCACUGAGUUCUAACCCGGAUAUCGACACAGACAUUGAUUCGGUGGCUUCUCAGCCAAUGGAACUUCCAGAGAACUUGUCACUGGAGCCUAAAGACCAGGAUUCAGCUCUGCCAGAAAAAGACAAAACAAAUAAUUCAUCAAGAUCAAAGAAACCCAAAGGGUUAGAAUUGGCACCCACCCUUGUGAUCACAGGCAGUGAUCCAAGCCCACUGGGAAUAUUAAGCCCAUCUCUCCCUACAGCUUCUCUCACACCAGCACUUUUUUCACAGACACCCAUCUUACUGACGCCCAGCCCCUUGCUGUCCAGUAUCCACUUUUGGAGUACUCUCAGCCCUGUUGCUCCCCUGAGUCCAGCCAGACUGCAAGGUGCUAACACUCUUUUCCAGUUUCCUUCUGUACUGAACAGUCAUGGGCCAUUCACUCUGUCUGGCCUGGAUGGACCUUCCACUCCUGGCCCGUUUUCCCCAGACCUACAGAAGACAUAACCUAUGCACUUGUGGUGUGAGAGGACUGAGGAACAGAGAGAGACAUUCAACAUGAUUGCAUUUGAAGUGAGCAAUGGAUAAUUCUGCAAUGCUGAUAAUAGACUAUUGUAAUUUUUGCCAUUCCCUAUUGAAAUGCCUUUUUAGGAUUCCCUUUGAAUAGGACUCUAGUUGGAUUGUGUAUAAAAAUGCCUUAAUCGGAGUCUAAUCUCCA